UCCCUCCUCCCUACCUUUUAUCUUAGCCUGCUUGGCACACUCUCCUCAUUCCUGAUGAAGGGCUUAUGCCCGAAACGUCGAAUUUCCUGUUCUUUGGAUGCUGCCUAACCUGCUGUGCUUUAACCAGCAACACAUUUUCAGCGUUAAAUCACCAUCAGUCAACACUCUCCAAUGAGAGUCUUCUGGUCUGGUUUACCCACCUUAUAAAAGCGAAUCAUCAACCUGCCUGAAUGAGACCUCUGAAUACUUCGACUCGAGAAUAUCGAUGUGCUGCACCAGGUGUUCACCAGGUAUGAAGAGAGAAGCGCCGUGCACAGAGAAGACAAACACUAAGUGUCAGCCCUGUGGGCAGAACCAAUACACUGCGUUCUGGAACAUGCUGAAGAAAUGCCUGUCCUGUCAAGUCCUCUGUAAAGAAGACCAGGACAUGGUCCAAGACUGCACUCCAACCACCAAGAGAAUCUGCCAGUGCAAACAAGGCCUGCACUGCAUUGAUUCCGCAAAGAAUACGUGUAACCAGUGCCGGAGAAACACCGAAUGCAAGGAGGGUCAGGGUGUCAUUAAACCAGGAACAAAAGAUACGGAUGUAGAAUGUGCGCCAUGUCCCCCUGGAACGUUCUCCAAUAAGGUCUCUUCCACAGAGCCCUGCCAGCCACAUGUUGACUGUGCAGUGCUGAGGAGAAAGAUUUUACAAAACGGGACCAGCACCAGGAAUGCAAUUUGCGGCGAUGAAAUAUUACCCCUGCUCCCUACGUUGAGAGGGACACCUUCAAGACCUCAACCCAGCUCUCCUGCUCCAAAACAGGUCACGCAUCUGACUGAGAUAGAACCAAUAAGUGUCACCAGUUGGGCACUGGUUACUAUAGAACUCAACAGGACACCACCCACUAAACAGCUCCUAGCUUUCCACUGGGUACUGGCAAUCUGUGUUUCUUCUAUCGUUGUGAUCUUGGUCAUAAUAAUGAUGCUGGUCUGUGUCCUUCGCAGAAGAACAGGGAGGAAGCCUGACCUCUGGAAUCAGAAUCCAAAUAUGCCCACGAAGAACGCUGAUUCAGUGGAGAUGGCUUGUUUAAUUGGUUUAACCGAGAAUGAGCUGGAAGCAGUGAAAGCUCAGAAUGGGACGCUUGAGCAGAAGGAAUGUCCAACAGGAACUGUGGCUCGGGCAGAGCAUUCCUGCUCACUCUCCAGAUCCAGCAACAGCAGUGGGUCAGGGGGUGUCCAAAGGAAACCUGGCCCAGGAUACAGCUCAAAGGAGGAGGAGCGCCCUCAGACCCACCUUGCUCUUGCCCAUUUGAACAAUUAUUCACGAAUUGAUUCCCAGGAAGAUCAGGGAUACAUCAGCAGAGAAUCCCGGCCCAGUUCAGGAGCUCCAUCCCCAGUGAUGGAAUUCAGUGGGAACCCCACAGUGAGUGUUACAAUAAAUACCGGCAAGUGUUACGUUAACUGCUGCCAUCGUCCGGGAGAUGGGGCCUCCAGACCGCUCUCUCCUGAGGAAGAUUAUCCUGCUCCAGCAGAGGAGGAAGGAACGGAGGUGGAUGAAGGGUUUCCAAUCCAGGAGGAACACAAGGACUCCGAGUCGGAGAAUUGGAAAGAGGCUGGUGUUCCAGUGGAAGCUGAGAGUGAAGGUCACUGGCAAACAUGCAACUCAGUACAACGACGGGAGGAUGUGAAGGACUUGCAGCUUCCAAUCCAGGAUACCUCUGGAAAAAUGUACUGAUCGAGGAAUGGAGUCAUUAUGGAAAUAUCCAUGUCCUUGUAUUGAAGAUAGCUUGAGCCUUUGAGGGCCUGGGUCUUUGCUCACCAGCUAUUGGUUGCUCAUUUAAAGCUUGUUAAGAUGAACAUGGCCCAGGUUAAGACAUGGGGCUGGAGCAGCAUCAAAUUGUCCUGAGAAACAUGAGUUGAUCCCACCCCACCCCAAUCACUGACAGUGUGAGCUUAAUCCUCAGAGUGAGCAAUCAGGACAAGUGACCUAUUUCUUCAACUCCUGAGCUGAUUGGGUGAUCCUGGGCUGACCUUGCUGAAUAACGGCUCUGCUAGGAUGAUCCAAAGGUCAUUGCUGAAACUGGCAGAAACUGACGCGUCUGCUGGUCAGACCUGUGCAAACUCUGCCUACAUAAAGAGGAGUAAAAAGUGAGGUCUGCAGAUGCUGGAGAUCAGAGUUGAAAAUGUGUUGCUGGUUAAAGCGCAGCAGGUCAGGCAGCAUCCAAGGAACAGGAAAUUCGACGUUUCAGGCAAAAGCCCUUCAUCAGGAAUUCUUGGGAAGAGCACUAUAGACUCAGACUUGCUGGGUCGCCACCAUCUUGGAUCCCCCUGACCUGCUGUGCUUUAACCAGCAACACAUUUUCAGCUCUGAUCUCCAGCAUCUGCAGACCUCACUUUUUACUUGAAGUGUAGAGUCCCAGUUCUUUUAAUGUAACUUAACAAUUCUGUUCAGUCUCAGCAGAAUUCUGUUCCAUGGGUUGAAUGUUGAGUAGGAAACUGAACCCACUCCAGAGUUUGAGACACACUAUGAUAUUAGUCUGGAUCUGCACCACUUUCCAUUAACAUGGGCAUUAGCCUGAGUUCCUCUCUGUAUUGUUAUUCUCAUCAAACAGCACCCUAUGAGUUUUUACACUGGCAACCAAGAAUACACUGGAUUGCAAACAGGUAAUAUAAAUGAGUGUACGUUAAAUGCAGAUUAGGAUGGUUUUCUAUAUUCUCUGGAUUCAGCUGAUUGUAUAAAAUUAAACCAUUUUCCAUUUCAUGGUCCCCAUCUGGUCCUCUGCCCCCUCCUCUCUCUCACCCCCUACCCUUCCUGUCUGUUCCAUCCAGCUCUCUGCUCUCCUCUUUCGAUUCCUGAUCUUGAUCAGAUGGGCCAAUGGACAGAGAAGUGGCAGAUGGAGGUGAGGUCUGCAUUUUGGGAAAGCAAAUCUAAGCAGGACUUAAUGGUAAGGUCCUAGAGAGUAUUGCUGAACAAAGAGAUCUUAGAGUGCAGGUUCAUAGCUCCUUGAAAAUGGAGUCGCAGAUAGUGAAGAAGGUGUUUGGUAUGCUUUCCUUUAUUGGUCAGAGAGUUGUGUACAGGAGUUGGGAGGGCAUGUUGCGGCUAAUCAGGACAUUGGUUAGACACUGUUGGAAUAUUGCGUGCAAUUCUGGUCUCUUUCCUAUCAGAAAGAUGUUGUGAAACUUGAAAGGGUUCCAAAAGCUUUACAAGGAUGUUGCCAGGGUUGGACAAUUUGAGCUAUGAGGAGAGGCUGAACAGGCUGGGGCUGUUUUCCCUGGAGCGUCGGAGGCUGAGAGGUGACCUUAUAGAGGUUUACACAAUUAUGAGGGGCAUGGAUAGGAUAAGUAGACAAAGUCUUUUCCCUGGGGUCGGGGGAGUCCAGACCUAGAGGGCAUAGGUUUAGGGUGAAAGGGGAAGGAUAUAAAAGGGACCUAAGGGGCAAUUUUGUCAUGCUGAGGGUGUUACAUGUAUGGAAUGAGCUGCCAUAGGAAGUGGUAGAGGCUGGUACAAUUGCAACAUUUAAAAAGCACUUGGAUGGUUAUAUGAUUAGGAAGAGUUUAGAGGGAUAUGGGCCGGGUGCUGGCAAGUGGGACUAGAUUGAGUUGGGAUAUCUGGUCGGCAUGGACGGGUUGGACCGAAGGGUCUGUUUCUGUGCUGUACGUCUCUGUGACUCUCUCUUUCCCUCCUCCUCUCUUGUGUGUUUUCUUGCCUCUCUGCUCCCUUCCUUUUCCCUCCAUUUGUGUGAAUAUUAUCAUUUGUUUUCAUCAGUUUGUAAUGAGUUGGACGCAGUUUAAUGGAGAGUGUUCCUCUGUUUUUUUUGUAUCAAAGCACUAAUAAUAAAUAUUUUUAUAUUUUUCUUGUA